UUAAUGUGAAUACGUUGUCUGUAUAUCAUCUAAGGCCUGUACGUAUUUCAUGUAUAUGGCUUGAGUAAAUGAUACUUAAAAUAAACAAAAUUAUAAUAUUAUUUUUAUCUGUAAAUAUAAACACGCAAUGUGUGACAUCUAAAAAUCAAUGGAUAUAGGACAAAUCAAUGAAUAAAUGUACUUUAUUAACAAAAUAAAAAUUAGUGCGAAUCGAAACAUGGGGCGAAACGACUCGGUUAGAGGUACGAGUCAACCCUGUUCAAAACGACUCGGGUGAACUAGUAAUCAGGGCGAAACGACCUGUUACGAUAUUAUUUUGGUAACUGCAAACUUAAAAAUUUCAUCAAUGUGUUAUAUAUCAAAAUAUCAGAGUGAAAGGAUUUAUUAGAAAUUACUCCGAUUGUGUGAUGCAGAAGCCCUUGUCGGUAUUAAUUCAAUGUGUGGUUGCUGAGUACCUCACCCCUUGUUUCAUUGAAAACUGGUCUGGUAGACGUGUUCAGGGUAACGCCGAGGCCAAUUGUUUGACUGGUAUCACGGUUCAUCGAAAAGGCACAGUGACACUAGCUGUACUUGAAAGACUUUUACCGAUAGCCGCUGGCUGAACACACAACAUGACAGGUAUGGCAAAGAAAGGAUUGCUUGGCUAGUGUCGCGAUUCUCCGAUCCAUCUAUAACUCGUUCCGCCUAAAUUAUUAUAAUCCAAAGGUUGUAAUAACCAACUGCGCAAGCGCGGCAAUUGUUGGUCCUUUUCGGUGGUUUUCCAUUUGAUAUUUGAUGUAUCACCAGUUCGAGAGAAAUAUAGCUAAUAACAAAGAGGGGACCGAUAAUUUAGUUCGAGCGAACGCUUAUAUUCUACUCUGGACGUAUUUGACCCAUCGUUAGUUAAUAUAAGGGUUUACCGGACAAAAAACUCGGGACUUCGUUUUUGGUUCGAGUGUUGUGGUGUGAUCGACCCUUCCGAGGUCGAGCCAACGAGAUUCUACUGUUCAUCUGUGACAAAUAUCGAUACUACAGUGGCGAAGUACCUUUAUACUAGCAUUCUGUUCACUGGCGAAAGCCCUGAAAUAAUAUAGCAGCCAAUGGCCAUGAACAGGUUUCUUGUGGUAUGUGUGCCCCUGCUUGUGAUGCUGUGGAUGGUCUUCAUCACGGUGAAGGUCGUACAUCCUCCGAUUGACGAUGCAAAACUGUCUCAGAUAGUGACCAGGUAUUCUGCGUCCAUUGACAGACUUUUCAACAGCCGUCAAACUAUUGUAGGGAAGCAGUCCAGGAUUUCCAUAUCUGUGGACCCUAAAGUAAACGACAAAUCGACGAUUGCUAUCUAUCGGGAUGAGGUGUCGUGGAAUCCCGACACCAAGGUGUGCUCGUCCACGAAAACGUUCAGGAAGGCGACUCUAAAGAGCGCUUCAGGAAAUAUUCCCAUUAAUAUUAAUGAAAGCCCUGACGGGAUUUCUGACACUGUCUCCGAGGACGGCUUUUUCGAGAGGGAUUUAGAAAAGCCACUGUACAAGUGUUUAGACGAGGACAAGGAUCUGGCAUUCUUAGACAUUGGUGCAAAUGUUGGCGUCUUCAGCCUUUCGGUUGCCAAGAAAGGUCACAAGGUCGUAGCGGUUGAAGUGUUGCCAGGCAACGCGGCUCGUCUGUGUCGAAGUAUCAAUGAGAGCGGAUUUGGGGACAGAGUUACCUUGAUACAUAACGGAUUGUCUGACAAAAGGACUUUGAUGGAAAUCGUUCAUAGUGAAGGCGUUGAAGGCGGUGUGUACAUCCAGGAAUCGCUGAACCCCGAAAAGAACACGUUCUACUCCAUCUACUUGGAUGAUCUGCUGGAGGUGCUGAAUCUAAAACGCGUCGUUAUGAAGAUCGACGUAGAAAGACACGAGGCCAAGAUUCUGGAAAAGGCUGACGAAUUUUUCAGGAAAGUAGACGUCACGUGCAUUAUGAUGGAAUGGGAACGUCACCCCAGGAACCCGGAUGCAUAUCAAAUGAUGGUCUUCAUGGCCAGACAUCAUAUGUUGGCAUUUGACCCCCAGGACACGAGCAAGUCGCUGGAUGCUUACACCUUCGCCAAAUGGCCUCGAAACGUCCUGUGGCGAAAGGUUCGUGAUUAUGGACCAUGGACGGACUAAACUCCUAACAAUAAAGGGAUAGACCCUGGUUUCUAACCACUAAGGUAUAUUUUUCUCCUAGACCCUAGUUUCAACUCGUAAAAAUGGACAUUAAGUUUUGUUAAUUUGUAAACCUGUAACAAAUUUGGAUACAAUAAAGUCAAACAAGAGUU